CUCAUAUUUUUUUUUCUCCUCUCCCUGCUGAACCAUGACCUCAUCGCUUUAGUUCAAGACAGUGCUAAAGUGCACCUUCCGUAACUAACCCCCUCCCUUCCCCACACACACUUACACACUACUAGUUUCAGCUUUAACCUAAUCUAUCCCUCCACGAUCCAACACCGUAUCCCGGCCUCAUAGAGGGCUGGAGGAGCGGUGUGUUGCAGCCUGUAACCGCGCUCUCAUGUCUCGUUUGUUCCUGGCGCUGUCACCCUCUGUCAGCUGUCCUGUCCCCCGACACACAGGUAAACACCAGGCUGCCCCAUGAAGACCGCGCCACCGUCCCUUCACACAUGGAGGACACACAGUUGAAUAACAAACAGGAGUCGCGUGGAGCCAGGGGCACCAUGAAUCAGUCAGCGCCAGCCCCUGUGGUACCCCUCCUCCACUGACCUUACCUCCUCCUCCUCUUCCUCCCCAUCACUUCCCCCACCUUUACCUCACUCAGCUUCCCCUCUACCACACCCCAUACCUCACUACCUCACAUCUGCAACCACUCCACCCCUCCUUCAUCAUGGCAGGUGAGAAAGGGCCGACCAAGCGUAGCGCCAUGGACAUCAAGCGCCUGGCGAGCCUCAUCCAGAGAGGGACUGGCCGUUUGCUGGUGAUCGACAGCCGGACGUUUUCUGAGUACAACGCCUCACACGUGCAAGGUGCUGUCAACGUCUGCUGCUCCAAGCUGGUGAAGAGGCGACUGCAGCAGGACAAAGUGUCGGUCACUGAGCUGCUGCAGCCCAACGGGAAGGUGAAGGUGGAGCUCGGCAGGAAGCAGGAAGUGGUGGUUUAUGACCAGAGUUCCAAGGAGGCGGGACAUCUGUCCAAAGACGGCUUUGUGCACAUUCUCAUGGGAAAGUUGGAGGGCACCUUCCACAAAGUCUCCCUGCUCACUGGUUUGCAGAUGUGAGAGACUGCUCCUAAUCUUCCCUAGCU